CUUGGCUAUCAUUGAUUUCUGCGAUCCUGCAAGUCAAAGGACGGAAAGUUCGAAAUGUAGCAGACUCAAAACCUCAGCAAUGAUCCUAGCGUCGGCUAAAUUGGACUUGCCUACCUAGAUUAGUCUACCAGUUGGUCAAGAUCAAAUGGCAGAAGAGAGAAACACACCCACUUCUCGUCGAAACUUUGUAUUUGUGCCCGUCACGAACCCGGGAGAGCGAGCAGACGCACAAACUCGUCAUUUAAUUCGCAGUCACCCACAGCUCGAACAUAAUCGUCUAUAUCCGCGUACUUCUCCACGUAGAAAGAAUAUCAUUGAGUUGGAUGUCACACCAUUGCUCGAGAACAGCCAGACCUUGGUUUCGCCACGUGGUGCGCAUACACCGAGCUCCGAUGUAAGAGCUUCUACCCAGCUCUUACGACAAGACGAUGAGGAUGGCCGAAAUCAGCUAAUACCGAGUCUCGUUACCGCACUGAGUGCUCAUCGAUUUGAUCCGUUUGUUUCGUUUGAUAUUGGACUGAGCUAUAGAUCGCAUCAGCUCUGGGAUCACGCCUAUGACGGAACAUGCCCCAAAUUUCGUGCACUCAAUACCAUCGGUUUCCUUAGCAUUGCUCGAGAAACCAUUGCAAUUUCCCAAAUGCUAGCUUCAUCAGCCUGGCAUCUCGUACACUAUCUCCGAUCCGACAACGAUCGAGGGGAGGACGUGAGAUAUUCCUUGAUUACAACGCAGUCUCUUCAACAAAAACUUGAUAAUCCGCUCACAUGUACGACCGAUGAAGUUGUUAUUACUGUUUUGGCUAUGGCGGCGUACGCUAACUUAAUUGGAAAUAUCAGUUUAUUCAAAGUCCAUGCUGAUGGGCUGUCUGAGAUAAUACGCUUGCGUGGCGGCGAGGAUAGUCUGACGUUACCAUCUCUUCGAUUGGCCCUAUUUUGGAUAGAUGUAAACGGGUGUUUCCGAGCUGACUCUUCUCCUCGCUUUCCUCCACCCUACCCGCAACUAGCAGCACAAAGCAAUCUACCAACCCUCACCAUGCCUUUGGAACAAAGAGAACUUUCCUCAGAGCAUAUAUUUACUUCGAUAACAGAGAGCCGAGUAGUGACCUUUAUUCUAUGCAAACUGCACGAGAUCACCACUAUUGCUCAUCAUCAUGACACUCACCGUGCCCAUUUCGCAAUCUUCAGCCUCUCUCCCAUGAUGCAUGCCUUUUUCUCUCUGCCCCGUGCAGCUGUACAUGACGAGUUACACUUGCGACAACGAGAAAGCGUGCGUCUCGCGGGAAUAUUAUUCCUGCUUAACCUGCGAUAUCGGUUUGACGACGAGCUGGAAUCGGGUUUGAUCUACGGACUGAAACUUCAAGACAUGUUUCAGAAGUCUGGUAUUAUAUCUGAAUGGAUCAAGGAAAGUCAUAGCUCAGACGCAAGAAUAUUGCUUCUAUGGAUAUCUACGGUUGCUGCUUGUUCGCCAUGUAUCUCAGAAACAUUGCGGACCUCCUUUGUGAAUUGUCUUUCACGAGUCAUUGCACUCAUGGGUAUAUCAACCUUUGAAGCUUUCGAGACGUUGAUCAAGGAAUUUUUAUGGUGCGAGGAAGCUUUUGGUUCUGAGUUGCGUCAUUUGAAUAGAUACUCACUAUUUGACUCAUAAACAAGUAAAAAUUAUCAACUAUUUAUACUCUGCUUCGCUC